CAUGUCAACUCGUCCGACACUGCUUCGUUGUCAUGUUUGUCGUCAAAUAGUUCGCGGCUCUCAAGAAUUCAUGAUUCAUGUUCAAAGUCAUCAUCCAGUACAUCAACGAGAGAUACACGCCACAGAAGGUUCACGUAGAUCGAAGAAGAAGAAAAGAGCUAUGUCCCGAUCUCCACCACCACCAUCAUUUCGUCCUUCCUCUAUUAGAGGUGACGGUAGUGAUAGAGGCGUGCGUGUAAACCAUCUAGUGCUACCGCCACCGCCAUCACCACUACCACCGCCAUCACAUCGUUCAGGCUCAGGUAGAAGUAACAAUAAUGAUAGAGGUGUGCAUGAAAAUUAUCUGCCGCCGCCACCAUCACUACCACCACCGUAUUCUUCAGGCUCAGUUAGAAGUAACAAUGAUGAUCGAGGUGUGCAUGCAGACCAUCUGCUACCACCACCCCCGCUGCCACCACCACCGCCAUAUCCCCACUCGGUUAGAAGUAACAAUGAUGGUAGAGGCGGUGUGCACGCAAACGUGCCGCGACAAAUGCUUCAGUCGACAAGAAGGAGGACGACCUAUGUUCGGGGUCCAAAUUCAAUGGCUAUGAACCUAAAUGAAACAUCUUCUGAGUCUACAAAAUCAUACACAAAUGAGAUAGAUUUUCCUAUUUUGGAUAGAUCUGAUCCGUCUCAAUUGAAAUUCAAACCUCCGGUCGUUUGUGCUGAUAAUAACGAAGCUAACGGGUUGGAUCUAAGCUUAAGGCUUUGA